GCACUACUAAGCAAAAAACAACAAAAACAACAACUGCAAAGUUUACGUGCGUGAAAAAUUUAGUUAAGUUUUCUAUGAAAAAACAGUAUUUCGCAACUAUACAAAGUAAUUAAAAGCGUUCUGAAUGCUGCAGGAAACGGCCAGGCAAUCAAUAAUAAACGGCAGCAUUGAGCGCAGCACUGAUAAACGCAAGUGGAUCGCAAAAGUGAAAACAGUGCCAAAAAGCCAACAGUAAAAAAAUCAAAAGCAACAGCAAAACGCAAAAGCAAAAGAAAAAGCAGCUGCAAACGCAAAGAAAAAGCUAUACAUCCCAUAUACAUACUUACAUGCAUACAUAUGUACAUACACAAGUGGUGCUCGCGGUGCACUUGACGCCCUGUGUUCAAUAAGUUAUUUUACUUGAUUUUCCUGUAGUGUAUAGAGUUGUUGCAAUUCGGGCAGCGCAGCUUACCACGGUCAACACACCACAGUCAACACACAUAAACAAACUCACGCACACUUCGCUCCGUAUAUAAUAAUAACGUUGUGUUUAUUGCGUAGCGUAAAGAAAGAAAAACCUGCAACAACGUCGUCUUCUUCACAUUCGCAAUCUGCUGCUGCUCCAACGCCGACUUCGAGACAUCGACGCAGCCUUCAACUCAAACAGCCACAUUCACGCACACACACCCAUUAACACUCGCACACACAUUCACGCAUACAUACGCAGCCGAGACGCGUCGUACACAUGUCGUACAUGAUGGCCAAGACUUUGGAGGAGCAGAGCUUGCGGGAGUGCGAACACUACAUACAAACGCAUGGCAUCCAGCGAGUACUCAAAGACUGCAUCGUCCAGCUGUGCGUCUGUCGCCCCGAGAAUCCGGUGCAAUUCCUGCGCAACUAUUUUCAGAAACUCGAAAGGGAACAAGUGAAACUGGAUGCCAGCAAACAGGUGAUCAGCCCAGACGAUUGCGAGGAUCUCAGUCCAAUGCCACAAACAGCUGCACCGCCGGUGCGCAGGCGCGGCGGCAUCUCCGCCGAACCGGUGACCGAAGAGGAUGCCGCCAACUAUGUUAAGAAAGUCGUACCCAAGGAUUACAAGACAAUGAACGCCCUGUCCAAGGCCAUAGCCAAAAAUGUGCUCUUUGCUCACUUGGAUGAGAGCGAACGCUCCGAUAUAUUCGAUGCCAUGUUUCCCGUUAAUCACACGGCUGGCGAGAAUAUCAUACAGCAGGGUGACGAAGGCGACAACUUCUAUGUCAUCGAUGUGGGCGAGGUGGACGUGUUUGUCAACUCUGAGCUGGUGACCACGAUCAGCGAGGGCGGCAGCUUUGGUGAGCUGGCUCUCAUCUAUGGCACGCCACGAGCUGCCACAGUGCGCGCCAAGAGCGAUGUCAAGCUGUGGGGCAUCGAUCGCGACUCCUAUAGACGCAUUCUGAUGGGCUCGACCAUACGCAAGCGCAAGAUGUACGAGGAGUUCCUGUCACGCGUCUCCAUACUGGAGAGUCUGGACAAAUGGGAACGCCUCACCGUUGCCGAUUCGCUGGAGACGUGCUCCUUCGAGGAUGGCGAGACAAUUGUGAAGCAGGGCGCCGCUGGCGAUGACUUUUACAUCAUACUCGAAGGCUGUGCCGUGGUGCUCCAGCAGCGCUCCGAGCAGGGUGAAGAACCCGCUGAGGUGGGACGUCUGGGCUCCAGCGAUUACUUUGGUGAGAUUGCCCUGCUGUUGGAUCGACCACGCGCAGCUACCGUUGUUGCUCGUGGUCCGCUCAAGUGCGUCAAGCUGGACAGAGCGAGAUUUGAACGUGUUUUGGGUCCCUGUGCUGACAUUCUGAAGCGCAACAUUACGCAGUAUAACAGUUUCGUUUCAUUGUCCGUCUAAGACGCCGCCGCCGCAGCCACAAGCACACCACAUCAAAUAGCAACAUCAACAACAACAACAACGCAACUCGCAUGCCAACCACAACAACAUCAAAACGCUCAGAAGAAAACAAAAAAAGGAACAUAAAACUUAAACAUUAAACAUUUAAAUGUGUAAAGAAGAAAUCGAUGAUGAAGCCCCAAUGGAAGAUUGAGUUGAGCUCAAUGAUCAGGAGGAAAAACGGGGGCUGUUGGAGGAUUUAGGGACGGGGAGUUAAUGGGGCGUAUUUACAAUACCAAUACCAAUACCAAUAUGUUAAUUACGUAUAUGAAUUCUGUAUGUUGUGCUGAAGUUACAUAUGUAUUUGUGUAAUGUGUGUGUUUCUUUCUGUGUACGAGUUGUGGCAUGUUCCACAAGCAGCAGCAGCAGCAGCUACAGCACCUGCAACAUGUUGCACUUUCAAUUUGAAACGAAACUGUAUAACACUUUUUGAAUACUUUCUUUCUUUUCCAAGCGGAACAUGCUGCCAAAAGCAAAAAAUACAAAACAUAAAAAAAAACAACAAAACAAAAAAACAAGUACUAUGUAUAACAAUUAAUUAAUACAUUUAAUUUAAAUAAUCAUUGGAGAUCUGAAUGUUUUUUACAACAACCUCAAGCAACAACUACAAAAAACCAAAAACCUAAAUAUAAUUGAAUACAUAUGAAUGUAAAGUUAGCUAUAACACACACAAACACACACACGAGCAUGCUGAGUUUACUGUUAUAUAUGCAAGGAUGAACAAGAAUAGAGAGAGAGAGAGAACGAAGAAGAGAGAGAGAGAAAGUGAGCAACAACAGCAAAAAAAACUGCAACAAAAUUGUUUAAUAUUUAGUUAAAUUAUUUUUAAAAACCAACAAGCAAACAACAAAGUUCGCACAUAAAACGGAAAUAUAAACAAAUUGAGAGUGGAAAUGAAAACAACAAAAACAAUGUGUGCAAUUUGUUUAAUUGUAAUUGAAUAAUUAUUUGUAUUCUUUGCGUUUGUUUUGCAUUUGUUAAUAACAGAAUUUGUGCUUAUGUUGGCAAGUGUUGUUAUACAUGCCCUCCCUCUAAAUGAUUUAACUGUUAUACUCUGUUAUACCAUACAUAUACGCCGCAUAACCAAACUGGCAUUUUUUCUAACAACUGCCACAAAAACAAAAAAAAAACUAAACUAAAACAGCAAAACACACAAACAAAAAUCACACAAUAAA